AUGCGCAAGAGAAUCGGCGAGUUCGAAGAUAUUGACAUCACCGACUCGUGCUCAAUCCGUGUCGCCAUCCCGUUCUUCCGGCUCGUUGCGGCCUUCAUCAUCGUCGACGGGCUCGCGGAGCUAUUCGGCGGCGCCCCGGGUACGUCCGCAUUCUCCAAAGAUCACGAAGAAAAAGAAAAGUCGGCAACGGAGAAGUCCUAUGGACGGAAGACGGUGCUCACCAGCCAGCAACCGCAGGAGAACAACUUUUGGGAGCCAGUGACGCACGCGUCCACUUCUGGUGGCGGGCUUUUCAACGCCGUCGAGGAUCACGACGCCGCAUAUGAGAGGGCGCUGGCUCGCGGAAAGAGGCGGCCGUUUGAGCCGAGGAAUGAGCAUAUGGCUCAGACCGAAAUUUCUGAGCCUCCGAGCCGCUGCCCGGCCGAGGACCUCGUCACCGAUCAGAAUAUGGAGGAGUUGCGGCGACGGCUUGAGGCCGAGCAACUGGAAUGGGGACAGGACGAGGAGGAGAACGAGGAUGAGGAGCAGGAGGAGGGCUCGAGAGAUCGACGAGCGAUGGACGAAUGUCCGGCGGCGAGAAUUCUGGCCGAGCUCGGGCUGACCAGCGACAUCUAUCAGAAUCCAAUCUCUGACCUGUCCCCCAUCGAGGAAGUUGAUACCCCGGCGUCGAGCAGCGAUUGGCGAGGCUCAAUCGAGAGUCGAAAUGGGCGCAUGAUGGGCGAACCGGGGCCGGAUCUCGGCGGCGACGACGAGGUGAUACAGCUCGACGAACAGGUGGUCAACGACGACAGCGUGUUCAGCGCCGACGUCCUAGUGGAGGAUGGGAAAAUUACCCAGGUGUCGGCAGGGAUCGAUGCUCCACCCGGGGCGACAGUCAUCGAGGCGACAGGGCGUCUUUUGUUGCCGGCCGGCAUCGAUGUGCACACGUGUUUCUCGGCACCGGAUUCGGUUGACGAUUUCAAGACGGGCGGACAGGCAGCAGUGGCUGGGGGUACGGCUACGGUGAUCGAACUGGUAUCGCCAAGAGACAACGAGACACUCACCGCCGCUGUCAACCGCGUCAAAAAAUCGAUCGACACCUCGGCAUGCCAUGUCGGCUUCUCGGUUCGAGUCCGACGGUGGGAUGACGGCGUGCGGAAGGAGGUGGAAACCCUAUCCAAGCAGGGCAUCAACAGCUUUGCCCUCGACCUCGACUCGGACGAGAAGCUCUACCAGGCGCUAGACGCGUGCCGUUCGUUGGGCGUCCACGCGCGUCUGCUGCCCGAGAACCGCUCUGUUGUUGGACAGCUCGAGCAGAAGAUGCUCAACCUGGGCAUCACGGGACCCGAGGGAUUCCUGCAGUCUAGACCCGAACAGCUGGAGAAGGAGCGUGUCUCUACCAUCUGCCUGCUCAGCCAGAUCACCAACUGCCCGGUGUCGAUCCUUUCGGUGUCGGCGGUGUCGAUCUGCUCGGACGGGACGAACUACUUCAACAAGUGCGCCCGCCACGCUGCCGCCCAUAUGACGGAGAGCCCGUUGCGCACGGAACACCAGAAUCAACAGCGCAUGCUCGGCACACUAUCCUCGGCACCACUUUGCAUGUUCGCCUCGGGCCACAAGGCGCACUCGUCGGCCAGCAGAUGCGGCCGUGACUUUGUCGCGAUGCCAAAAGGAGUUGCCGGAGUAGCCGAACGGCUCGCCGUGCUCUGGGAGAAAGGAGUCCGAGGUGGCCGCAUCGAUCCGAUGCGAUUUGUCGCGCUCUCAUCCACAAAUGCGGCCAAGGUCUUCAACCUGUACCCCCAAAAGGGACGCAUCGCUGUGGGCGCUGACGCCGACUUGGUGCUAUGGGAUCCGAUCGUGAAGCGACGACUGUCGGUGGCCGAUUCCCAUUCUAAAGCCGAUACAUCGCCGUUCGAAGGCCUAACCGUGCAUGGCGGCGCUUCGAUCACGAUCGUCGGAGGCCGCGUGGCGUGGAAGGAGGGCUUGCAGACGUGCGCCUUCGAGAAGAUCGAACGGUCCGACUCUGAUGUGAUGGUGUCAAAUGGCGGCGGCCCGAAACGCGAGGCCAGCCCGUAUGGGGAUAAUCAACCGCCGACGGCCCGACCACGCCGUGGCCACAAUGAGAGCUCGAUCUCGUUUGGGCAUCCCGCCGACAACACCCCAGCUGCUCGGACUCGAAAUCCGCCCGGUGGCCGGACCACUGGACUAUGG